AUGAAUUUCCUCCACAAUGGGAUCAGUCCAGGUGUGGAGUGUGUGAGAGGGUACCGAGGGACCCAGUCAUCACCACCUGUGGACACAGUUUCUGCAGGCAGUGCAUCAGCAGCUACUGGGAGCAGCCUGGACCGCCAGGACACCAAACCUGUCCCCACUGGUGAUGUCCUGAGGAGAGUUAUAGAGAAGCAUAAAGCCAGUCUGAAGAGGAAGUUUGAGAACAUAUCUGAAGGCAUCAUCAAACCAGGAGCUGAGACACCCCUCAGUAAGAUCUACACAGAGCUCUACAUCACAGAGGGAGAGAGUGAAGGGGUGAAUAAGGAACAUGAGGUGUUGCAGGUAGAGUCAGCAUCCAGAGCACAAACCACAGAAGACACACCAAUCAACUGCAAUGACAUCUUCAAGCCUUUACCUGGACAGGAGAAGCACAUCAGAACCGUGAUGACCAACGGUAUUGCUGGCAUUGGAAAAACAGUCUCAGUGCAGAAGUUCAUUCUUGAUUGGAUAGAUGGGGUAGCCAAUCAGAAUGUAGACUUUAUAUUUCCCCAUCCUUUUCGUGAGCUGAAUUUAGUCAGGGGUGAUCAGUAUAGUCUUCACAAGCUCCUGCUUGACUUUCAUCCUGAGCUGAAGGAGCUGAAGGAUGGUGAAGAAUACAAAGACUGUCAGGUUGUGUUCAUCUUUGAUGGUUUGGAUGAGAGUCGAUUACCUCUGAAUUUCCAACAGAACAUGAUAUCUGAUUUAAAACAAACAUCAUCAGUGGAUGUUCUGAUGACAAGCCUCAUUCAGGGAAGUCUGCUUCACUCUGCACACAUCUGGAUAACCUCACGACCAGCAGCAGUCAGUCAAAUUCCUGCUCAGUGCAUCGAUCAGGUGACAGAAGUACGAGGGUUCAAUGACCCACAGAAGGAAGAGUACUUCAGGAAGAGAAUCAGUGAUGACAGUCAGGCCAACAGAAUCAUCUCACACAUUAAGGCAUCCAGGAGUCUCCACAUCAUGUGCUACAUUCCAGUCUUCUGUUGGAUUGCAGCCACUGUACUUCAGCAGAUGCUGGACAACAAUCAAGACAUUCCCAAAACUCUGACUGAGAUGUUCAUACACUUCUUGCUCGUCCACACCAGAAGGAAGGAUCAGAAGUAUCAGAGUGGAACUGAGAAAGAUCAAGAGAAACUUCUAAAAUCUCAGAAAGAGAUUUUACUGAAGCUUGGAGAACUGGCUUUCAAGAAUCUAGAGAAUGGCAAUCUGAUGUUUAAUGAGGAAGACCUGAAAGAUUGUGGCAUUGAUGUCAGUGAAGCCUCAGUGUACUCUGGCAUGUGCACUGAAAUCUUCAAGGAAGAAUCUGUGUUUCACCAGAGGAAGGUCUACUGCUUUGUGCAUCUAAGCAUCCAGGAGUUUCUGGCAGCUGUGUUUGUGUUUCACUCUUAUGUGACUAAGAACCUUGAGGCACUGAAAUCCCUCGUCAGUGAAGAACGUAGAGUUGAUCCCAGUCAAUCUUUUAUAUCAUCUCUUCAAUCGGCGGUGGGCUUACAAUCUCAAGAUCAUCUACAUGUGCUACUUAAGAGUGCAGUGGAUGAGGCUUUGAAGAGCAGGAAUGGACACCUGGAUCUUUUCCUUCGAUUCCUUAUGGGCAUCUCUCUGGAGAGAAAUCAGAGACUUUUGAAAGGUCUACUGAACCACAAACAUAGCAGCUCAAAAAGUGUCAAGGAAACAUGUCAAUACAUUAAGAAGCUUAACAGGGAAGAUCUCUCUCCUGAACGAUGCAUCAAUCUUUUCCAUUGCUUAUUUGAAAUGAAUGAUCAUUCCAUGCACAAAGAAAUACAAAAAUAUCUGGAGUCACCAAAGAACAUCAAACAGAAAUUGUCUCCUGCUCACUGUUCAGCACUGGCCCACAUGCUUCUGAUGUCUGGGGAGGUGCUGGAUGAGUUUGAACUGAAGAAAUACAACACAUCAGUUGAGGGACGCAGGAGACUGCUCCCUGCUGUGAGAUGCUACAGAAAGGCACGACUUGCUGAAUGCACACUCACAGAUAAGUCCUGUGGAAUUGUGGCUACUGUUCUACAGUCACCAAACUCCCUGACAGAGCUGGACCUGUGGAACAAUGACCUGGGAGAUUCUGGAGUUCAGCUUCUCUCCAACGGACUGUCUAGUCCCCACUGCAAACUGCAGACAUUAAGACUUGCUGAAUGCACACUCACAGAUAAGUCCUGUGGAAAUGUGGCUACUCUUCUACAGUCACCAAACUCCCUGACAGAGCUAGACCUGUGGAACAAUGACCUGGGCGAUUCUGGAGUUCAGCUUCUCUCCAACGGACUGUCUAGUCCCCACUGCAAACUGCAGACAUUAAAACUUGCUAAAUGUACACUCACAGAUAAGUCCUGUGGAAUUGUGGCUACUCUUCUACAGUCACCAAACUCCCUGACAGAGCUAGACCUGUGGAACAAUGACCUGGGCGAUUCUGGAGUUCAGCUUCUCUCCAACGGACUGUCUAGUCCCCACUGCAAACUGCAGACAUUAAGACUUGCUGAAUGCACACUCACAGAUAAGUCCUGUGGAAUUGUGGCUACUCUUCUACAGUCACCAAACUCCCUGACAGAGCUAGACCUGUGGAACAAUGACCUGGGCGAUUCUGGAGUUCAGCUUCUCUCCAACGGACUGUCUAGUCCCCACUGCAAACUGCAGGCAUUAAGGCUCUCUGAUUGUCUCAUCUCAGAGAAAGGUUGUAUUUGUCUGGCUUCAGCUCUGUCUUCAAACCCCUCCCACUUAAAAGAGCUGGAUCUGAGCUACAAUCAUCCCGGAGAAUCAGGACUGAAGUUGUUAUCUGUUAGACUGGAGGAUCCUGUCUGUAAGCUGGAGAAGCUUAGAACUGACCCAGCUUCUGUCAGCAGAGCACGACCCCGUCUGCUGAGAUAUGCCUGUGAGCUCACACUGGACUCAAACACAGCAAGCAGAUAUAUCUCUCUCUCUGAGAGAAACAGAAAGGUGACAAGUACAUGUAGGAAACAGCAGUAUCCUCACCACUCAGAGAGAUUUGAUAAGAGGCCUCAGGUGUUGUGUAGAGAGGGUCUGUCUGGACGCUGCUACUGGGAGGUUGAGUGGAGUGGGAGUGGGGCUUGUAUAGCUGUGGCGUAUAAAAGCAUCAAGAGGGAAGGGGGUGAUGACAGUUCACUGGGACUCAAUGACAAGUCCUGGAGUCUGGAGUACUCUCCUCACACUUACUGUGCCUGGCACAAUAAUGUAAGCACUGACAUACCUGCUCCCUCCUCCCGCUCCAGCACAGUAGGAGUGUACCUGGACUGGCCGGCCGGCACUCUGUCCUUCUACAGCGUCUCCUCUGACACACUCACCCACCUGCACACGUUCCACUACACAUUCACUGAGCCCCUCUAUCCAGGGUUUGGGGUUUAUUCUAAAUCCUCAGUGUCCCUGUGCCAGAUCACAUGACCUCCCAAUGCUACAGGAGUCACCCACUCCUAUUCACACACAUGUGUGAUGCUGUGAUGCUAUGGGAAUAGUGAUAUGUGUAUUCUGUUUAUACACCACUGCUUUGAUGAUACUAUGUAUAUAUGUUGUAUAUUUUGUGCAUUUUCUGAAUUGAAGAUGUGGGUUAUAAGAAUUGUUCAGCAACAAUAUGAUGUAUUCUUGUCUCCUUAAGCUUUAGUUAUUUGCUGCAUUUUU